AUGCCUGCCAAACUGGUCAGACUGGGCCCCGGAUCAGACGGCCACCCGGAUGAGGAUGCAUUCUCUGGAGAACCAGGCUAUGACAUUCUGGACGAAUACCAGGCUGGCAGCUCAGGCGCCACGUCACCCGGUGAAGGUGUCCCUGACCAUAGUUCCCAGUAUGUGCAGGAGACAGUGUUGGACUCUCCUCUGAACGGCUCGCAAAAAGUCUCUGCUGCUCAUGCUGGCGACCCCGGUGAGAUGUUAGACCCCCUCGGGUCUUCCGCUCUUUGACCCAUGCCUUCUCAAGCAUCCUCGCUCUGCGGAAUGGGCGCCUCCAGACCACAUUGUGGAGUUUCUUCGCUACUGGCUUCGCAGCCCCUUGGAUAAAGAUGUCAGGGCGAAGCUUCUGGCCGAGUGUCCAUGCCUGACACUGCCGGACAAGGUGGCCCUUACCCUGGACUUUGACCCGGUGUUUGCUACCUUCAUGACGAUGUCUGGGAAGGAUCCUCGCAAGGGCCUUGAACAGUGUCUGCGCUCCGCCCAGGAUAAACUCUUCGAUAUCAGCAGCCCGUUGACCCAGAUCUUCCUUAUAGCAGAUCUUCGGUUGACGUUUAACUCCUCCGGGAGUGGGCCCAAAGAGCUGUCUGUCUCCUGGGCAAUGCCAAUGUGGCCUUCAACUCGGAAUGCCGCAAGGAGGUAUUUUACAAACUUGAUGGCAAAUUAGCUGAUUUAGCCUCUAAGGAGCUGGGCCCGGAUGCCAUCUACAGGUCCCUCAACAAGGCACAACAAUCCCUACGAAAGGUCUUCCGUUCCGGGGACCGUUUUUUCUCCAGGGCUGGUCGGCACAUAGGCCGCGCCACCAGCAGAGCUGCCUUCAUGGGCAACAGUCCCCGCAUCUCGGAGUUCUUCUCCUCCUCCUCAUUCCAGUACCAGUACGUCUAUUGUUCUUCCAAGGAUCUUCCAGAGGCCGAG